AUGUCCGAGGAAUACUAUGAUGAAGAUCCAUACGCUUAUGAAGAUGAUGAGUCCUCAAUCACAGCGGAAGACUCUUGGACUGUGAUCUCGGCCUUUUUCCGGGAAAAGGGUCUUGUAUCGCAGCAGCUGGACUCUUUCAACCAGUUCAUCAACUACACGAUCCAAGACUCGAUCAUGGAAGACUCCACGUUGAUUUUGGAGCAGGUUGCACAACACACAACAGAAACUGACAAUAUCAGCCGGAAAUACGAAAUCAGCUUUGGUAAAAUCUAUCUGGCCAAGCCGUCCAUGACCGAAUCGGACGGUGUGUCGCAUGCCAUGUAUCCCCAAGAGGCCAGAUUGCGAAAUUUGACGUAUGCGUCGGGUCUUUUCGUGGAAAUCCGUAAACGUACUUACGAGGCCGUCGACGUCCCAGGCAGAGACUUGAAAUAUGAAGUCAUCGACGAAGAAAGUGAGAUGUCCGAUGAUAGCAAAAUCUUUAUCGGCAGAGUGCCCAUCAUGCUGCGGUCCAAAUAUUGUCUGCUGGAUGAACUUACAGAAAGUGACCUUUAUAAGCUCAAAGAAUGUCCGUUUGACAUGGGUGGUUAUUUUAUUAUCAACGGGUCGGAAAAAGUGCUUAUUGCCCAAGAAAGAUCUGCUGGGAAUAUCGUCCAAGUUUUCAAAAAAUCUGCACCUUCCCCGAUUUCUCACAUUGCAGAAAUCAGAUCUGCCCUGGAAAAGGGCUCCCGUUUUAUCAGCACACUUCAGGUGAAGCUGUAUGGUCGUGAAGGAAGCACAAACCGUACAAUCAAGGCCACACUUCCCUACAUCAAGCAAGAUAUACCAAUCGUUAUCAUUUUCAGAGCGCUUGGCAUCAUUCCAGAUGGUGAAAUCUUAGAACAUAUCUGCUACGACGUCAACGACUGGCAGAUGCUUGAGUUGCUCAAGCCAUGUGUCGAAGAAGGUUUUGUUAUUCAGGAUAGAGAAACUGCACUGGAUUUCAUCGGUCGUCGUGGUACUGCGCUUGGUAUCAAGAAAGAGAAAAGAAUCCAGUAUGCGAAAGACAUUUUACAAAAAGAGUUCUUGCCCCACAUCACGCAACUAGAGGGGUUCGAAAGUAGAAAGGCUUUUUUCUUAGGCUACAUGAUCAACAGGUUGCUGCUAUGUGCCCUUGAUCGUAAAGAUCAAGACGAUCGUGAUCAUUUUGGUAAGAAAAGAUUAGAUUUGGCUGGUCCAUUACUAGCACAGCUUUUCAAAACUCUCUUCAGAAAAUUGACAAGAGAUAUUCUGAGAUUCAUGCAGCGUUCCGUCGAAGAAGCUAAGGACUUCAACUUAAAGCUAGCCGUGAAAGCCACUACAAUUACCGCUGGUUUGAAGUACGCUUUGGCCACUGGUAAUUGGGGUGAACAAAAGAAGGCCAUGACUUCCAGAGCCGGUGUGUCUCAGGUUUUGAAUAGAUACACGUAUUCUUCGACCCUGUCGCAUUUGAGAAGAACCAAUACACCUAUCGGGCGUGAUGGUAAACUUGCAAAACCUCGUCAACUGCAUAAUACACAUUGGGGACUUGUUUGUCCUGCUGAAACGCCCGAAGGUCAAGCUUGUGGACUGGUGAAGAACUUGUCACUCAUGUCCUGCAUAUCGGUUGGUACUGAUCCUGUGCCCAUUAUCACAUUUUUGAAUGAAUGGGGUAUGGAACCUUUGGAAGAUUACGUUCCACAUCAAUCUCCUGAUGCUACUAGGGUUUUUGUCAACGGUGUUUGGCACGGUAUCCACAGAAAUCCUGCUAAGCUUGUCGACACGAUCAGAAAAUUGAGAAGAAAAGGUGAUGUCACUUCAGAAGUGUCGAUUGUCAGAGACAUUCGUGAGAAGGAGUUAAAAAUAUCCACCGAUGCUGGUAGAGUGUACAGACCACUGUUUAUUGUUGAUGAAAAUGAGGAAACGGGUUCUAAGGAACUCAAAUUAAGAAAGGGACACGUCCGUAAAUUAAUGAUGACCGAAUAUCAAGAUAUUGAAGGAGGUUUUGAAGAAGAAGAUUUGAAUUACACUUGGACCUCGCUACUUAACGAGGGCUUGGUAGAAUAUAUUGAUGCAGAGGAGGAAGAAACCAUCUUGAUAGCCAUGCAACAUGAAGAUCUCGACCCAAACAUUGGUCCAGUCGACCCUGAAGAGGAACUGGAUCCUGCCAAGCGUAUCAAGGCCAUUCACCACUCUAAUACCUUUACGCAUUGUGAGAUUCACCCCUCGAUGAUUCUUGGUGUUGCUGCAUCUAUUAUUCCCUUCCCUGAUCACAAUCAAUCUCCUCGUAACACUUAUCAGUCCGCUAUGGGUAAGCAGGCAAUGGGUGUAUUCCUCACGAACUAUAGCGUCCGUAUGGAUACUAUGGCCAAUAUCUUAUAUUAUCCUCAAAAGCCAUUAGGUACUACGCGUGCCAUGGAGUAUUUGAAGUUCAGAGAACUUCCAGCCGGUCAGAAUGCCAUUGUAGCCAUUGCAUGCUAUUCAGGGUACAAUCAGGAAGAUUCGAUGAUUAUGAACCAGUCAUCAAUCGACUCCGGCUUAUUCAGAUCGUUGUUUUUCAGAUCUUACAUGGAUCAAGAAAAACGUAUCGGCAUGUCUAUCACUGAAUCUUUUGAGAAACCGCAACGUACAAACACUUUGCGCAUGAAGCACGGAACAUACGACAAGCUAGACGACGACGGUUUGAUAGCGCCGGGUGUCAGAGUUUCCGGAGACGAUAUGAUUAUAGGCAAAACAACACCCAUUCCUCCCGAUGCAGAGGAGCUGGGUCAAAGAACAGCAUUCCACUCCAAGCGUGAUGCUUCGACACCUCUAAGAAGUACCGAAAACGGAAUUGUCGAUCAGGUACUGAUUACAACUAAUCAAGAGGGUUUGAAGUUUGUGAAAGUAAGAGUCAGAACUACCAAAGUACCACAAAUAGGUGACAAGUUCGCUUCUCGUCACGGUCAAAAAGGUACUAUUGGUAUUACGUAUCGCAGGGAGGAUAUGCCUUUCACUGCAGAAGGUGUGGUCCCCGAUUUGAUCAUCAACCCACACGCCAUUCCUUCUCGUAUGACUGUUGCUCACUUGAUUGAGUGUUUGCUGAGCAAAGUAGCCGCGCUGUCAGGUAAUGAAGGUGAUGCCUCGCCAUUCACUGACAUUACAGUUGACGGUAUUUCCAGACUUCUACGUGAACAUGGUUACCAGUCGCGUGGUUUUGAAGUCAUGUACAAUGGUCACACGGGUAAAAAACUAAUGGCUCAAAUAUUCUUCGGUCCAACCUAUUACCAGCGUCUGAGACAUAUGGUCGAUGACAAAAUCCAUGCCAGAGCCCGUGGUCCUGUACAGGUCCUAACAAGACAGCCUGUGGAAGGUAGAUCAAGAGAUGGUGGUUUGAGAUUCGGAGAAAUGGAACGUGAUUGUAUGAUUGCACAUGGUGCUGCAUCUUUCUUAAAGGAAAGACUGAUGGAGGCUUCUGACGCUUUCAGAGUACACAUUUGUGGUAUUUGUGGACUAAUGACAGUCAUUGCGAAAUUGAAACACAACCAAUUUGAGUGUAGGGGCUGCAAGAACAAGAUUGACAUUUAUCAAAUUCACAUCCCUUACGCAGCCAAGCUUCUAUUCCAGGAGUUGAUGGCCAUGAACAUUGCACCACGUCUCUACACAGAUAGAUCAAGAGACUUUUAA